AAUGCUGGAUCUUUCCCACUGUAACAUGAAACAUACAGGUGACAUUGUGAGUGUCAAUAUGCAAGCUGCUGCCCCGUCAUGUGACUUCAACGGAUGGAUAGAGGACGUGGCUGCUAAGUCCGAUGGUGCAUUCACCGAUCUACCCGAGUUCCACAUGCCUGAUCAGUCCAAACCUCAUGAUUUUGAAGAUGUUGAGAUUGAAGGUAAAAUGAGUGGUGUGUACUGUUUUGCACCAUCAGUUGGUACAGUUCAGGCCAGUGGUACAGUCAGUCCUAGUGAACCUUUGAUAAAACCUGCAAUGAUACAAUGUAUGGAAGCCAUGACUUCGGAGAGACCAUAUUUCACUGUCACUGUCACUGAAAUGGGGUAUGACAGUGGAUUGGCUAUUGGUAUCACGAGGUCAGGACAAACUGUCGGUACGUUACCAGGAUACCUAACAGAGACAGCGGGAUAUCAUUGCCAUGGGGGCGUAUACAGAGGUUCAAGACACAAGAAUGCAUACUUUAAAUCAGAAGAGUAUGAUAAAGGAGACAUAGUAGGAUGCAUUCUUGAUUAUUCUGGUGAAGUCUACAUUGUAUCAUUUACAAAGAAUGGCCAACUGAUGGGAAGGGCACAAGUCAUGAACAACAGAAAAUAUGAUUUAUUGGCAUCCAUUGGUUUUAAGAACAUGCCAAGUGUUGUCCGGCCUGAUUGGCCCCACAAAAUAACUCAGCCAAAGCCUAUCUUUAAUCAGAAAGAUUUGAAUGACUGGAUGAAAAGUGCCGAGGUUAGUGUUCAAGGAUUGCAAAAAUUCAAACUGAAGAAUAAAUCGAGGAAAAGUGAACCCCAAAUGAUUAGUGCACCACAUCCAUUGAGUAGAGAAUGCAGCUUUUUUUCGGUCAAGAUAUUAUCCCGAAGGUCAAAGAAGAAGGGUCCUACCAUAGGGAUAUCAAAUCACUCCCAUGUACCGAGAACAAACUCCAACUAUUUGGACGUUAGUUUCUUUACGCAUAGAAAUGAUAUCAUAAUGAAAAGUCGAUCCAGAAUACCUUCAGUCAACCACCUGGACAUACCAGCCGGCUUCACCAAUGACACUAUUGGUUGUGGCAUUGUAUAUCCUGAUCCUGAACAGACAGAUGAAAGAGUACAACAGUUCGUCACUGUAUAUUUUACCGUCAAUGGUUCCGUUGUGUUCCAUGAAAUUGUAGAACAACCACAUGGUGGACUGUAUCCAACUUUAACCACACAAGUUUACGGAGAUGAACUUGAAAUUAACACAAAUUUCAAAGCACCUUCAUUACCUGAAAAAGACGCUUGGAAUGAGAAAGCAUUUGAAAAGAUCAAACAACACAAAGUACUUGUGAAGGCCUUGCAUAAAGAAACCGAUGAAAGCCGACUUGCGAGGCCGGCAUCGCCUGUAGAAAGACCUCCAAGUCACCUCAAUAAGCUGAAAGUGUAUAUUACCUGUGAUGCCGAACGGUGGAAUGAAGCCACUUAUGUCAAGGCUGGGUUGGAUUCCUAUGGCUUUAACUCUAUGUUGCUGCCCCAGGCACGCGUGGCAAAGGGUAGCAUUGAGUUAGACAUGGAACCACGUAUCAAGACAUGUCAGGUGAUCGUGAUGUGUAUCACUCCACAAUACUGCAACAGUAAGCAUGCACCGAUUGAAUUAAAGUUAGCCAAGAAGUAUAAUAAGCCGAUACUACUAGCCGUGAUGGAGAAGACGGAAUGGCCGCCUGCUGGAAAUAUUCAAGAUACGCUGCAGUAUCUGACAAUGUAUCGAAUCGAAAUGUAUUCGGAUUUUACGUGGGGGAUUGAACAACUUGAAAAGCAUCUUGUUGAUGUCAAGGGUAAAGGUUACAAUGCAGUGGAGUUUCAUGUCAGUGAGGGAGAAGGAGCGAGAUUACUCUACACCGAUGCACAGAAUGCAAGUCGUCGUAAUGAGAAGACUGACCCCAAUGCUUUGAAAAAAGCAAUUGCUGAUGCAGAUAAAAGGAAGGCUCAGGGUUUUGGCAACAUGGAUGAUUCAUCGCCAACAAGAAAACAGGCUAAUGUACAAAGAAAUUCUAAAGCAUGUACAAUUCUUUGAGGCUGAAAAUUGUGGCAAUUAUGUAGUGCGCCCUCUGCCGUCCAAUUUUAGAAAUUGUUUAUCAAGUGUAAAAGCAUGUAUUUUUAAAUAAAAUUAUGGUUGAAUAAUUUUGUACAUUUUUCAAUUACCCUAUAUUGUAGUUUUUACUGGGUCACGACUUGUGUAUUUAUCACUUACCGGUAUCUCUUGAAAUGACAUUUCAGGAAUGAUUUUUAUUUUCUGUAUAUAUGUUUACUUUAUUAUAUUUUUGU